AUGCGACAAAUGCGUUCUGCCAAGCUAUUUAUAGGGUAAACAAAUAAAUCCACCGACCUGAUCGGACCUCUGCCACAAUCGGUUGAUCUGAAAAAUAACAGUGAAAACUGAGACAGCAAUCCACGUGGUCAACCAGAUCGGGUCCGCCAAAGCCAGAAAAGCGACUCGCAAGCUUCAGAUGCUGUGAGCUCACAGCCCCAACACCCCAACGAGUCCAUGUUUUCAACGGAUAUUACGCCCUCCGACCGCCGACGCACUUAUACCACGUCCAUCAUCACUGCUCCAUGUCCUUAGCGAUGAUGACAACGGCGACUAUCGCUAUUUCCAUCCCGACGACCGUAAGUACACUCCCGAUGCCUUGCCACCCCUCAUCGCCGCAACCACCACCAGCAACGCGGAUUCCAUACCAGACUUUUCCGCUUGUAAUCGCACCUUCACCUCAUGCAUCGGUCUGAUUUGUCACUUACAAAUCCAUCGCAACGAGACUGCCGAACCAGUGCCCGAAACAGCAGAAUAUACCCGCAGGACCUGUCUCAGCUGCCUCCACUACCCACUAAUAUUCAGUCGACGCAUUGGCCUACCCGGACUCAUACACGCUGAGGACAGCGGAAUUCACUGUGAUGUCUGCACACCAAAGCCACCUCGUACAUCUGCAAGCCUCCCCACCAUCGGUGCUACCGACACCACCACCACCACCACCACCACCACCACCACCACCGCCAACAAACAACAACAUCAAAACAGUUACCAUCCUACAUUGCGUAUACCGACACCGCAUAUGCACAUCAUGUAUCCGUCUGGAAAGUCAGGUGGGGAUUCGAACAGUUAG